AUGAUUUGUGAAUUGUUAUGAACGAUUUUAAUUUCAGUUUUAGUUUUAACUUUUACCAUUAGUGUAGUGUUCACUGUACAAGUUCAGCCUAUCGUCAAAUAUUAAUUGCCGUCGAUAUGUUAAUUUGUUUUGGCUUAUAUAUUUAUUUAUGAUCUUUCUAAUUUUUUUUUAAUAAGUAUAUCAAAAUGUUGGGAUUAUUUUUGUAUAUUUUCGAAGUGAAAAAAGAAUUAUUAGUAUGCUUUUCGUUAUCAUUGUUGUACAUAACCUAUUAUCUCGUGGAAGUCGUCAAGAAACCAACGUUGAUUUGUCGAAAAGGAGAAUUUCGACAAUUUUUGGAAGAUAAUGUUCCAUUACUGAGUGAGCCCUACUGGCCGACACCUUGGUGUGUCGAGUCUCGAUUACAAACGGUUGUGGGCUCAGUUUUGCGAUCCCAUUUACUUCCACAUAUACCUUAUCGGAGGGAAAUACUCCGUUUGUCGGAUGGUGGGCAGGUAGCUCUCGACUGGGCCGAAAUCGAAGAGGCCACUGAAGGUGGCAGUCCCCGGCCGGUGAUGCUCGUGCUGCCCGGGCUCACGGGCGGCUCGCAGGCCGACUACGUGCGCUGCCUCGUGGCCGCCGCUCGCCAGCUCGGUGCGCACUGUGUUGUGUUCAACAAUCGCGGCCUCGGGGGCCUACCCCUUACGACCCCGCGGCUGUACUGCGCCGUGUCGCACGCCGACCUGGCCGAGGUGGUGGAGGCAGUGAGCGCGCGCGGGGCGCCGCUGCUGGCGGUGGGCGUGUCGCUGGGCGGGCUCAUCCUCGGGCACUACCUCACGGAGCACGCAGAUCGCGCAGCCGUCGUCUUACGCGCGGCCUUCGUCGUCUCCUCGCCUUUGGACGUUAUCAAAGGCGCGGAGUGUAUCGAGCGUCCCCCGCUGAAUACGUUGCUGUCGUGGCACAUGGCGCGCAACCUGCGCAACACUGUGCGCGCGCAUGCGCCGCUGCGCCGCGGGCCGUGGGACUGGGCCGCGCUGGAGCGCUGCCGCUCCGUGCGCCAGUUCGACCAGGCCUUCACCACCAAGCACUUCGGCUUCCCUUCUGUGGACGACUACUAUCGCGCCGCCACCCUGCGCGACAAGCUGUCGCGCGUGCGCGUACCGUUGCUGUGCUUGUGUGCCGCCGACGACCCAUUCCAGCCGCUGGACGUGCUGCCGCUGGCGGAGGCGGAGCGUAGCACGUGUGUGGCGUUGGCGGUGACGGCUCGGGGGGGGCACAUCGGGUUCCUGGAGGGCUGGUGGCCGGCGCCGCCCGCCCGCGCGCCGCACGCGCAGUACAUCGCGCGCCUGUGCCGGCAGUACUUCGCCGCUAUGCUGGCGCGGCCGGCGCCCGAGGAUCGCUAGUGAAGUGGCGACUUUACAGAUAUUGCCGUCUCUAGAUAAUUUUUAAAUAUUUCUUUAACUGAAGUUUAUCAGAAUGAUUGGAUUAGUUCAAUAUUGUAAACUUUUUCGCAGCCAUAGGUUCAUUACUUGUGUUUAAAUUAUACAACCAAGUUUCUGUUGACAAUAAUACGCUGUAAAGCACGAGCACUGAACGGCAUUUAAAAUAAAGUAUUAUAUUAUUUUGUUGCACAGAGUUAUAUAAAGUAAAAUAUAUAAAUAAAUAUACAUACAUAUAUUAUACGGUGGCAACUGGCGCAGAUAGCCAGUACCUGUUGUGAUAUUGUGAAUAAGUAACAAGUAAAAACCUCUGAAUAGCAUUCUAGGCGUCGACAAGCAAUUAUGAUUAGAUUAAGUCAAGACAUUAUUUUAUUUGAGUCCCGAGUGUAAUUGUAGGUUGAAAAUUUAUUUACAGUUUUUACAGUUGAGCUUCUCACCCCAAGUAUAAAUGAUUAAAUGUAAGUGUUGUGUAAAUUGAGACUGAAAUUAUCUUACACGCCUAGACCUGUAUGUGAUACAGCUAAAAUGGGACGUAAAUUAUCAAAAUGUCGUCGCAAGUUCCAAGUUAUGAUUGUCAUUACGUUUGUAUAAUACAUUUUUACACAUCGCUUUAUCGACAUUCCCAUUUUAUUUAUGCAUCGAAUACGUUAAAAAAAUGUCAUAUUUCGAUGUGUCAACUCGAGAGAGAGAUGAGUGAAAAUAUCAAUACUAUUUAUGGCAUGAAUAUUUAUUAUAUGUACAAUAUUUUCGUCCAAAGAGAUAAUAAUUAACAAAUCUGUGAUGUUAGAGCACAACGCACGGCCUGCGCUUUAUAUAGUCCGUCGGCGGAGCGCGCACUAGGAUAGGUGUUACCGUCGUUACAUUAAAUAUUUAUACGUCGUUAUCGCGCUCGACCGCACAUAUCUGAGUUUUUAUCGUUUAUAUUGAAUAAAUAUGCAUCAAACCGAA